AAAGAUUUGAGUCACAGAGGACGCCAUCCAUCGAGGAACAGACGGAACACCAAAAGACCUUUGUGGGAAACACCACCUAGUAGCGGAGCCCUACGAGGCUGUAACAUCAGCAACAUGACCACGACUGAAGAGCCUCAAGUCGAAGAGAAACAGUCAGUUGAGAAGAAAGUUGUUGCCAGUAAAGUGAGCGGUACAGUGAAGUGGUUCAACGUGAAGAACGGUUAUGGCUUUAUCAACAGAGAUGACAACAAGGAAGAUAUAUUUGUUCAUCAGACUGCCAUCAAGAAGAACAAUCCUAAGAAGUACUUGCGCAGUGUUGGAGAUGGAGAGACUGUGGAGUUUGAUGUUGUAUCAGGAGCGAAGGUGGGAAACGGUCUCGAAGCAGCCAACGUAACAGGACCAGAUGGGAGCCCUGUGCAAGGAAGCAAAUAUGCGCCGGACCGCCGAAGGAACUACUACCGCAACUAUCGAGAUUACCGUCGUGGCAGACGCCGCCCCCGUGGCAGGCCUAAUUCCGCUACAAACGGAGAGGUUAAACCUGAGGAGGAAGGCAAGGAGGCAGGGGACUCGGGUGAUCAGCAGGAACGGAACGACAACGAUGAAAGACCACGCCGGGGCAGGCGCUACUACGGCGGGCCACCCCCCUGGGCGAGACGUCGGCGGCCCCGUCCUCCUCCACGGGAUAACGAAUCAGGUGAUCAGUCCGAGGAGAAAGGAGAAGAGCCGAGAGAGGAGUCGGAUGAUAAGGAGAAGAGACGACCCCGUCGUAGACGACGUCCCAGAUACAGGCGCAGGUCUGAUGAGGAACGCCCUGAAGGCGAUGAACAAGAAGAACGAGAUGGUGAUCAUGAAGGAGGAGAAGACGGAGAAGAGCGUCCGGCACAGAAUCGUCGCCGUCGUCGUCCUUACCGCAGAUCUUACAGGCGCCCUCGUAGAGAGGACGGAGAGAGGGGAAAGGAAAACAGCGAAUCCAAGCCCGAGAAUGAAGAGGCUGUGAAAGCCGACGGCAACGCCGAAUAAUUAAGACAUGCAGCGCGGAGAUUAGGCAACUAUGAGCCUCCACUUAAUUCAAUUAAUUAGCUUUGAUUCUCUCGUUUAUAUUAGAUCAGGGAAAAGUUCAAUCAAUUUUUUUUCUUUAAUGGUCAUCAUUUAUUUGUUACAGUAGCUGAACUCUCAUAUGAGCACGUUUUUGUACCGUCCUAGUCAUGUCUUUAUGGUUAAAACUGUUGCCCAUUUUGACGAGCUUUGGUUUUUCUGUUCCGUUUAGAUUAGUUACAAGUGAGGUCAUAGUUGUUGUGUUAAGUCAACCUUUGUAUCUUUAAUCCAUCUUGCAGCGGAAUUCAGUUUGUGUGAACGAUCGAUUUUUUGCCAUCAUUUUUUGCCGUCGGAAUUAAUAAAAACCGUCCGUGAAAAAUCA